AUUGUUAUAAUAAAUGACAAUAAGUGUGACGUGGACAUACAGUUUGCAUGUUUUCCCGGUCCCUUUGAUUUGUCAGGUUCAUCCAUCUCGUGAUUUUGGGCUGGCAUCAUGGGUCGAGGUCAACAUCAAACCAGCACUGGCUGGGCAUUACUUUGUGCAGUGUCUUUAGUGAUGGCUGCACUAAUUUUCUUUCAACUUGAUGUGUCUGUCAUUGUGCGAGGCGUGUGCCUAUGCCUGCUUGCCCUGGGGUUGUUCACGUUCCUACUGUACCUCAUCGGUGACAAACUAGAAGCGUUGUGGAAACAGCUUUUCCACCGACUAGAACAUGAAGAAAGAAAGCAUUCAGGAUUAUCAGCAGAGGAGUUGGCUCAACAACAGAGGGCAGUACGAGAGAGAAUCCAGAAUGAGUACAAAGAAAAGGCUUCAAGAUAUGAGGCCGAAGUUCUGAGACCCAGGCAAGAAGCAAAGAAGGCCCAACUGGAGAAGGAGUUCUACAAAUUUGCUGGCCCAGCCUGGAAAGGGAAGGCUCAGAGGCUUGGAGAUAACGAAGACAAUAAAGAAGAUACCAGUUCCGAGUCCAAGCUGUUGCCUAGAAGACGAGUACAAGGGUCAAGCAAAGAUGCCGCUGCCAAUAGGAAGCUUCCUGAGUCCGCAACCAGACCUCCUCCAGUUGUGCCCGAACAGCCUAAACAAGAAAAAAGGGUAGUAGUGCUUCCAGAUGAACCAGAUGUUGCAGACAAAGAGUGCAUUACAGUUGCAAUGAGAGGUUUACAAAGCACAGUCAAGAAAAGGCGAUUUCUUUACACCGAAAAAGUGCAGGUUUUGUUAGAUUGGAUGACCAAGCAAGGCUACCACCCUAAACUUUACACCGUCUGCACAACGUUCCCGCGAAGGGACUUGUCCCAGCAUGCUGACCAGACACUGGAAGACGUGCAGGUGGUCAAGGAUAUCAUGCUUGUGAUUGAGGAGAGAGACUGAUACAACAAGUCUAGUUAUUCAAGAAUUGACCAGAGCAAAUAAGCUGUGUUCUUCAAUUGUUGACACAUCAAGGAAUGACAUAGAGAUGCUCAGCAGAAAAAUAUAGUGGGGCUCACUUGUCCAAUCGAUAAACUGGCAUAUCAUGCCAUUUUGGAUGCUCUAUAAAAACGCUUUUUUGGGGGGUGGGGGUGGGGGAAUGUGCACAUUUAUCCUACCAAAGCAGUUCAAUCUCUGUAGGAAUUUGAAACCCCAUAUUUGCAAUGUUAAGUUUCAAUUA